ACAUCGUACAGAUUUGUAGAAGAAGAGGCAGAUAGAAUUCCGUUUUUUGGGGAAAAAAAGGGUGCGCGUAAGAAAAGGGUGCGCAUAAUAAAUUUUGGGGUCCGGGAAGGAGGUCCGUUUUUUAUUCCGUCCUCCUGGAAUUUCCUUUGCGCUUGAAAGAGAUUACAGAUAUGGCACUGCAGCGUUUCUGUCGAGCUGCUCACGGCUUCCAUCGUCACUCUCUAUUCAGACCCUGGAAUCCACAACACCCUAGCUCUGGAUCCAUUCUUUACUCCAACAUCAACCCUUCCCUGCCUUCCUCUCCACACUCCUCUAGUUCCAUUCAAGAUUUUGAGAAUUUCUACUGGAAGCACAUCCAACACCCUCUUUUUUAUUUUUCCUUUUCAAAGCAUGGACAUUUGAGUGCCCGGCAAUCUUUUCAGUUCUCUUCAUUACCUAACUCAGAAAAAACUAAAAAUGAGCACAAGUCGGAUUGGGUUGAUUUGUAUUUUCCCCAAAGAGUCCGGCCAUAUGCCCAUUUGGCUCGACUUCAUAAUCCCAUUGGGACCUGGUUACUCGUUUGGCCUUGCAUGUGGUCAAUUACUCUGGCAGCAUCACCCGGGAGUAUGCCUGAUAUGAAGAUGAUCGUUCUGUUUGGUUGUGGAGCUUUGCUUCUGCGAGGUGCUGGAUGUACCGUCAAUGAUCUACUGGAUCGUGACAUUGAUGUGAAGGUACAGAGAACAAUGUUGAGGCCUAUUGCCAGUGGAAUUGUGACACCAUUUCAGGGUCUGUGUUUUCUUGGCUUUCAAUUGCUUUUAGGUCUUGGGAUCCUUUUGCAACUAAACACUUUUAGCCGCCUUUUAGGAGCUUCUUCAUUGUUAUUGGUUUUCUCUUAUCCCCUCAUGAAGAGGUUGACAUUUUGGCCUCAAGCUUUCUUGGGACUAACCUUUAAUUGGGGAGCAUUAUUAGGUUGGGCUGCGAUUAAAGAUAGUCUUGAUCCUGCUGUUGUGCUCCCACUUUAUCUAUCUGGUGUGUUUUGGACCCUUGUCUAUGACACUAUAUAUGCCCAUCAGGACAAAGAGGACGAUGUUAGGGUGGGGGUCAAAUCUACAGCCUUAAGAUUUGGGGAUUCAACAAAAGAGUGGAUUGCUGGGUUUGGAUUCGCUUGCACCAGUAGUCUAGCUCUGUGUGGGUACCAUGCUGAUAUUGGAUGGCCAUAUUAUGCCUUUUUGUUAGCUGCAACUUCCCAAUUAGCAUGGCAGAUUAAAACAGUUGACCUAUCCUCUCGUGUGGAUUGCAACAGAAAAUUUGUGUCUAACAAAUGGUUUGGUGCCCUCAUUUUCAGUGGGAUAUUAUUUGGGAGAGUCCUUGUAUAAUGGUAUCAUUAUUGUACCCAACUAUUUGCUCAGCAUGGCUUCCUAAAUAAAUCAGUAUAGCUACAUAUACGAGAGAAUGGUGGAUAAGCGGGAGUUUGCCGUUGUUGUUCCAAAAACACAAAGAUUCCUUUCCAUGGACGAAAACACGGGAGUUUUAAUUUCUCGCUCCUUGGGCUGCAACGCUGGGUACACAUGUCAGACCCAAAGUCCUGUUUUUUCUGGUCUAGCUGCAACCUGGAAUACUUCGUAUAGUAAAGCCACGUAUAGACCUAAUGUCAUGUAGUACGUAUUAUUUCGUCAAGAUUAAGAUUCGUAAGUUACAUUUUAGUUGGCUUCUUCAUUGCAGUAAAUUACUACCCCCAUAAUUAGUAAAUUCGUUUCUCUAUUUAGUUAAUUUAUUUACGAAUAUAGAAUAAUAUUAGUUUAUUUUAUUAUUAGUAAAAUACUAAGACACCACAUC